CCCAGGCUGUUUUGCUUGCUCAUUCCGGAUGGCGAUGUUUUUGCACAAGAGCGCGGGCGAUCAGGGCAAUCUGGACAAUACGCGCAAGGCUGCGGCCGCCGUCGUGGCCGAGCGCUGGGCGGCUCAGAUAAGGAAACUGGCUGAGUCGGACGCGCGUGCCGGAGAGGCUGAGGCGACGCUGAAAGACAUCGCCGCCCUCAUCCCCUCCUCCUACCCUUGCGACAUUCCGCUGCGGAUGCGAGUAGUGGCACUCGCGGCAGCUGCUGCAAAAGGCGAGGCGGAAACCUCGCGACUCCGCGCUGAGCUCCAGCAGGCAGCAUCUGCCCAAGAGGCAGCUGAGGCCGCCCUGGCUGCAGCGGAGGAGGCUGCGGUGGCCGCUGCGGCCGCUGCGGCCGAGAAGGACGUGCCGAGCUGGUUGCGCGGUGCCGAGGCGAUGCUCAACGGCAGCGCUGGGGAUGGUGGGGGCCGCGAGCUGUGGGCCGCCGCGGUGAUCUCACGGCUGGCGAGAAGAUGGCUAUCUGGCUUCCGGCGGCGUCUGGCGAGGGCGCUCGUUGAGGCGAAGCUGAGGAUUGCCGAACUGGAGUUUGAGGCCGAUGAGGCCCGAGGCGCGGCUCGCAAGCUCGCAGGCGAUGUUUCGGGUCGAGAGUCGGGUCAGAGCACGCCCAAACGGCGCGGCAGGAGCAGCAGAGGCAGCCAGGCCAAGAGUGGCAAUUAGCACGGCGAUCGAGCACGGCUAGACGGGCCCACGAGGAAGAGGGGGAGCUCCCACCGCGCCGUGAAGCCAUCAUAAAGGAGGUAGUUAUCAG